CGUUGUGGAAAAACUCAAAUGAAAUAUUUGAAAUGUAAAAACAUUCUGUUUCAAAGCACACAGCCCCACAGAAAUCACGGUUGGCAAGCGCGACGCUGGCCGGAGCUGCUGCGCCGUCUCCUCGGACGGCUGAUGCAGCCAACCCAGUUCCUGCCGUCAUCGACGCAAAAUUCCUCCAUUCCCCAGCAGCAGGAGCAACAGCAACAGCAUGAGCCGUAUCUGGUGAAUGCCGUGCAGGGUUUGGCCAAGCCCGAGUAUCGCGGCCAAUUGCAGCCGCUGCAUCGGUUUGGAGAGGACAGUUGGUUCGUUAGCAGUACGCCCGCUGCAGAUGUGCUGGGCGUGGCCGAUGGCGUCGGUUCGUGGAAGCAAAUGGGUGUCGAUGCAGGGCUUUUUGCCAAAGAGUUGAUGUACUGGUGUGCCAGUAAUGCGGCCCUUCCGCAGUUCGAUGCUCGCAAGCCCCGGGAUUUGCUCAUCCAGAGCUACGUGCAGCUCUGCCAGCAGGCGCGUCCCGUUCCAGGCAGUAGCACUGCCUGCCUUCUCUCCCUCCACAGACGCGACUGUGCCCUCUACACGGCGAAUCUGGGCGACAGUGGCUUCCUGGUGAUGCGGUACGGCAAGAUUCUGCAUCGAUCGGUGGAGCAGCUACACACCUUCAACACCCCCUAUCAGUUGACAUUGGCGCCGGACGGACAACGGGCCACUGUGCACUGCGAUUUGCCCCAAAUGGCCGCCUGCACACGCCUGCCCCUGCAGCAGGGCGACCUCGUGCUCCUGGCCACCGACGGCCUCUUCGACAAUGUACCCGAAAGCAUGCUGGUCCGAAUGAUGGCCGACUAUCAGGGCGUGACGGAUUCGGGACGACUGCAGCUGGGUGCCAACAUGUUAGUGUCCAUGGCCAGGGACUUGUCCCAGAGCGCCUAUUUUCAAUCUCCAUUCGCCCAGAAGGCGAGAGCGAACAAUAUGAUGUAUAUGGGCGGAGGCAAGCCCGACGAUAUAACCGUUAUAUUGGCCAGCGUAGCUGUCAGGAAAGGCUAACGUCAAGUCCGAGUCCGAGGCUGUGCUUGAUGUUGAAGUUGAGGGCGGGGUGGGGGCUGAUAAACUUCCAAGCAUGUGUAAUUUUUUAUCACAAAUAAAACAGACAUGACCAUA